CUUCACUGGUUUUGAGGUUUUUAAAACAGUAAUCCCGUCUGGAGCCCCGCUGCCUCGGCGAUAAACACGGGCGAUGCCUGGGGCCUGCGGGCCGGGCACGCUCCUGUCCGGAGGGUGCUCAGCACGGGGCUGGGACCUGACCCCCGGCAGCAGGGCCAAGGGAACCACAUCACCGCUGUGAGAGCAGAUGAGCGUGUGUUCAUUUAUAGCGCUGUUUCAGGUUCACCAGCGAGAGGGGCUUUUCAUCAGAGGCCAUGGAGCUUUCUGCCAACGAGCUCAGCAUUUAUGACAAGCUAUCAGAGACCAUUGAUCUAGUGAGGCAGACUGGCCACCAGUGUGGGAUGUCAGAAAAAGCCAUUGAGAAAUUCAUCAAGCAGCUCUUGGAAAGAAAUGAACCCCAAAGAGGGCCCCCACGGUACCCCGUCUUAGUGGCUCUCUACAAGGGCCUGCUCACGCUGGGCUUGGUCUUGCUGGCCGUGUACUUGGUGAUCCAGCCCUACAGCCCGCUGCCGCCCGAGGCGCCGCUCUCCAGAGCCCACGCCUGGGGCUCCCUCAUCAGUCACAUCCGGCUGCUCUCUCUGCCCAUUGCCAAGAAGUACAUGCUUGAGAAAUGCCAGGACUGGUGGGCAGCAGGUUGCAGACAGAACACUUCUACGCUUCCUGCAAACUGCACAGUCUGUUCUGCUGUGAAAAGCCUUCAGAUAGUGACAGACUUUGGAGAACUAUCAGCAAAGCUCCAGAGGUCUCAGCCUUUUCUAAUCAAGACAGGGCAGCAUCUCUCCUAUGAAGAACUGAAGCAUUUUCAGUCCCAGGAUCCAGAACUGGCAGAGGUUAUAAUAGAGGAAAGUUCAGCUGAACUGUGGAGCUGCCCAUUUUUCUUUCCCUGGAACAAAUCUGUGAACAAAACUCGGAUUCUGCAGAAAUUUUUCCCCACUUUCUCUUUGCUGUCCUGGCCCAGGACAGUGGCCCUGCAGAGCUGCUUCCUUAUCCGCCAGCCGGCCCUGGGGAAUAAGAGCUACAAUUUGCACAGUCUCUUUGCUGUUGGAAGUGGACAGCUCACCCUGACUGUUGUACCUCUGGACAAGUGCAGAGGCCACUGUGAGAUGUUCAAGGUGGAGCUGGAAGCUGGAGAUUUGGGUUACGCCAGCGCGGAUCACUGGGCCCUGAGCUUCGCGGCCAGAGGGACGCAGCCGGCCGUGCUGUGUGACGGAGCCGCGCGCUGAGGGCGGCGCUGGGCCAGGAGCCGGCUCCGCGACGAGAAGACUCAGCUCUGCGGCCGAGGCGGCGUCUGGAGAGGAAGCUUGCUGGGGCAGCUGGGGCGGGCAGCUCUGCCUCCUGCAUGUUUACAGUGCUUAAAGUGACUGUUUUCCUGACCCUCGAGGCCUUUUCUCCAACGUGCUUGGGAGAAGCUCGAGCUAUUUAUGACCCUCCCUGUCCCCUCGGGUAAGCCCUGGCCCUGCAGCAGAGGCUUCGCUUCCAGGAGCAGCAGGGGCAUUUCUCAGGGUGAGAUUCACCUUGUGUCCUUGGUGGAUUAUGGCACUCCUGAAACUUCCUGGCGGGUUUGGGAGUGGGGGAAGCGUGUGGCGUUCCCGUGUACGUUCCUCCUGAGGAGGAGGCUCUGAGCCCGUUUGGUCAGGCCGGCUUUAUAAAGGGAAUGAAUUGGUGUGUCCCAACUCCCUCCCAUCUCCCCAUCCUGGACAGAGCUGUGCCUCAGUUGUGUGCCCCGCAGAGCCCAGCUCAGCUCCGUGCUCCAGGGCUGAGGUGAGCCUUGCAGCCUGGGGCAGAGACCCCUACCCACUGUCCUUUCUUGUUCCAAAAGAAUCUGUUCAGGCCUCUUCUUUGUGUGUUGUGAUCACUCUCCUGUAGUUCUCUAUCAGCAGGCUGUGAGUCAAAGAUUAACUGUGCUUUUGUUUUGUCCCUCAGCCUCCUUUCCCACACACGCUGGGAGUCUCAGUGCUGAUGGUGCUGAGAGUGCAGGAGCUCUGUGGAGAUGUGGCUGGGCUCAGAGCAGCUCUGUACCACGUUCACCUCCUGGUUGCUCCCCCAGAGACAGCAGGGCUGCAGGAAAGCACACUUUCCCUGUACUCCUUGCUGCCUGUGCUGCCUGUGUUCCCGGCCCAGGGCACCUUUGGGAGCCGCUGAAACCUUCCUUGUCCCUGGUGGCUUUUCUUUUCCUUUUGCAUUGACUCCUUCCAGACCUGGAGCUCUGAAUCCACAAUGAACCUUGGUUUUUCCUGAGUCCUUUCCAAACUGCCUUCACAUGCUUCCUGUAGCUUGAGCGCUGCUUUAUGCAGUGCCCUGAGAGAGGCUUGGUUUCAGUGUUGGGCUGCGGAUGCCGCCAUCCCUUCCAAGUCUGAUCCUCUGGGUCUGAUCCUGCCGUUGAAGAUCACUUACAGAUGUGUUAGGCUGAACUCAUAGGCCAGGGCUGGGGUUCAGGACAUAGUCUCACACUUGUUACUAUGGAAUUGGGAGGGGUUUUGUGUGAAAGCAAGUUAACUGUUCUCAGGAGCAAGAACCUUUUCCUUGUCAAUGUUUUGGGUACGUGUCAAAGGGCAGCUGGGAGGAGUGUCUGUGCUGCCUCAGGUUGUGAGCAAACCAACAUCCUACUGAUGUCAUUGGGGUCUGACAAAAGCUGCCAACUGGAAUGACCAUGUCUGGCUCCUCGACAAGGAUAAAGCAGAGGACAGCUUCUGCCACAACGAAUUCAGUCAGGGGCCUUGACACUACAAACAUUUCUAUGCAUAACCCUUGUUUUUGUCCUGUAAAGGAGUAAGAGCCACCCCAGCACCCUGUCAGCCUGUGUGCAUGGCCCUCAGCACCGCACCAGCACACCCAGGAUGUGGUAGAAGCAAAGGGAGGAGAGCCUGAACGUCUCAGGACCCGAAAGGACUAAAUGAAUGAGUAGCAGAACGUUAAAGGGAAUUGGAUUAAUAAGACUUGUGUGAGGAUGGUUAAUGCUUGGGGUGUGUUUCACACUUGUGACACUAGAUGUGAGCCAAGAGACACCCCCCACCCCUCUCCCUCCCCUCACAGCCUGGGGCUUGGCUCAUGGAAACUCGGGAGCUGGGUGAUGGCAGGAUUGGGGCCUCUUAGUGACUGUUGCUAUUUACACUUCAGCAGCUUCUCCAGUCAAAUUCAAAGGUGACUUCACCUCUUACUGAUUUUGUACCUGAUCCAUUUCUGUACAGCAUUUGCUUAGAGGUGUGUGGGGAGAGAACCUGCUGGAGAGGGUGGCUGAGAAGGCGGGUGGUGGCGAGUGGUGCCUCAGCUCUGAGUGUCCCAGGCUGUACCUCGUGUACAAGGGCUGUGGAGACAGUUCUCUGGGUGUGAAAUGCCUGUGAGGCACCUCACAGAUCCCUGGAGUGUUUGCUGAAGCCCUUGGGGCUGGCUGGCUCCUCUGGGAAGGAGCUCCAGGGCAGGUCUGUGUGUAUUUAGCAAAAGUGCUCUCACAUUUUGCUUCUCAGAGAGUUGCAGCUGGUUGGACAGAAGAUGGUGAGUGUGGCCUAUUUGCAGCUGAGCUUUCCAAGUGCACUUUAUGGUGUGUGCUGAAGUUCCCAGGUCUGUGGCUGGGAGAUCCAUUGCACAUGGCCCAGCCUCGCUCCCCUCGGACUUUACAUCAUUUGUUUUGAAACUUCCAGUGUAUCUUCUCUUCCAAAAGCUGUAAGGAAUUAGCUGCUAAACUAAAACAGGAGGGCAGUUCUCCUGCUGAUACAGAGCCCUUCCUGGCCCUGGCUGCUGUGCAGUGUGGAGCCCCAGCCUGCAGCAGGGCUGCCAGAGCAGUAGUGCAGACGCCUGCUGGGGCACAGGCGAGGGGCCGGGCUGGGGACCUCACAGGUGAGGCCAAAGUGGCAAAACUAGGAUGGCCAAGAGGAGGUGUUGACACCUUGGCCAAGUGGCUGCCAGCGAGCCCUGGUCAUCUUCCUCAUCCAGAGCUCCAGUCCCCCACAGCCUUUGCAAAGGCUUGUGAGCUUCCCAGAGAGCCUGGCAGCACCAAGGGACCUGCUCAGGCUGAACUGUGGGGAACCUGGUUGUUUCCUCAGCUGUUGAGGCACCGUGGCAACAGACACCAUCAGAUGGGCCUGUGCCCCAUGGUGCUCUCCCUCGCCUCUGGCUUCACUGUGGCUCUCGUGUGUAUCUCAGCACACGUGCUGGUGUGGACAAUCCCCAGCUCAGGGCUGCCCAGGCAGUGCACGUGGCCUAUGUUUUAAAAUGACUGUUUGUGUGCCUCAGGACUCUUCUGCCUGUGAGCUGGGAGAUGGAGCUGCCCACCCCACACCCCCAGAGCUGCUGGGAAGCACCAGCCAGGUGCAGUCAGCACUGCCCUGAGCCCAGCGGGGCUCGGAAGGGCUGGCAGCCACCAGCUUGUGCUUUCCAGCUGCUGUCCAAAAGCAGAGUGCUGGCAGUGCAGCUGAUCUCAGGGUAACUGGAAGCAGGAGAGAGUGUUAUUUACUUCAGUACCAGGACACCAGCAUCCCCUCUGGGAGCCAAGCUGCCAGUUUCUGUUGAUUCCUUCCUUUUUCCUUUGGGGGGUGUGUUGCUCCCCACUGGCCCUGCACACACCGGCUCUGCAGGUCCCAGCCUCACACGCCCUUUGCAGUGCCCUGGGAAGCUUUCUAGGGCCAGAUUUCCAGGAGCUGUGGGCCUUUAGAUUCUCCCCCAAGUCCUCUCACUCUGAUGGUCUGGCAGAGAAGCUGGUUUUACUGGGCUGGAUCGAAGCACCUCUCCUCUCCCAGCUCCCCUCCCUGGCUUCCCGCGGCUGGGACGCCCCGAGCGAGGGGAGCUGGGGAGCAGAGCAGCUCUGUCAAGGGCAGCAUCUCAGCAAGGUGAUCCCUCUGCCUCUACCACCCCACAUUCCCCUCAGGAAGGCUGCUCCAGGCAGAGUUUGCAGAUCCACUCAGGCCCAGUGCCACAUUCAGCCCCCAACCAAACACCUUCUGGGCUGAGGCCCUUGCUGGCUGCACAAAGAGCUUUUGCUCCCUGCAAACCAAACUUGUCAGUUUGACACAUGGAACUGUACAUUCUCCUCUUCAGGAAGCUCCUUGGAAAGGACAGAUGUGCUGUCCUGCUGAGGCACACAGGGAGGUGCUGGACCUCCCCUUUGCUGUGGAGAUGCAGACACGGCAGGUGAUGGAUUCUCAGCGCUGCCUGUGCCGGGGCAGGGGAAGCAGCGUGGGGAGGCUGCGGGGUGCUGGAUGUGCAGGAACACUGUCCCAGGGCUGAGCACUGUCCCUUCAGUGGUGGGGAAAGAGAAGAUGAAUGUAAAUAUGCACCUAAUGCAGAAUUUUAUGGAGGAUGGUAAUUUAAUAUAUUGCAACCUGUAAAUAGCUGGGCAGAGCCUGGGAAGGGUGUAAAUAAAUGAGAUUUGUAUGGAAGAAUAAAACAAGUUUUUACUUUUUGCAAUGAAAUACAA